CCCUUUCAGAUAUUAUGGAUAGUCCUGAUAAGAAGGUUGAUGAUUUCAGAGGAUUGCGCUCCUGCACCAUCAAUCCUCUUGAUCUAGUGACAGCUGUCUUUAUUUGUGCCAACACUUUCCUUCAGCAGGAGAUAACAGCACAUAUGCUGCAGUGCCAGUUUGCCGUGCCCCUGCUUCUUCCACAUGUAGCUGAUGAAGAACCAAGUUGCUUCCUCCUUUGGCCUUUCAGAGAUGUUGUGAGACAAUGGCAGACCCAAUAUUUAGAUCAUAACCAAAAAGUCCAAGAAGCAGUUUUUACGAGCACGUUCAUGCCAAUGAUCUCGUGUGUGAGGCUUGGUUCCUGCAGUGUCUCCAAGUCUCAGGUGCUCAAUCAUAUCAUCGGCAGUGAUACAUUCAUCCACAAAGGGAUGGAGGGAGGACAACUACCCCGAAGCCUGUCCAAUGGUCUUGUGGAGACUGCGUGGGCUCUUCCUGCAGGAGACCCUAACAAUUUCUCUGUUCCAGUGGUAUUCUCUAACCUUCGGGGGGAUGCAAGCACUCAUGAAAAAUGCCUCUACCUUCUCAGCCAAGCAUCUUCAGCAAUAAUUGUAUUCUGUGAAAAUCCUACAGAAAAAGAGAAGGAACUUCUCGCCACCUGCAAAGAUAUGACGACCAAGCUCAUUGUGAUUGACCUCUCUGAGAUUGAGACCAGGGAGGACAGAGUGGUGAAGUUUGUUGGGAAGACCCUUCAGGAUCAGAUAUGUCUUCCAGAUGGAUCAGUUGUGUCAGGAAGCUGUUUGAAUGCAGAGAACGUUGCUACUGUAUUGUGUGAUACCCUCAAACAUUUGCUACCAGACCUGAGACUUGUAACACUUGAAGGAGCAGCAAAGUUAGCAGUGGAGCUGGGAAUUGACUGCGAUGAAGGGACGGUCUGUAAAAAAUCAAUGGGCAUAGCAGAGGAAGUUUUGAAAGGUUUAGAUGAGGGACCUGCUGUGUUUAGGCAGAAACAGCUCCCAUUGCAAGGUGCUUUGUGGAGCAGGUUGGCUGAAAUUGAAAAAGAGGAAAGUAGAAAGAACAAAGAAGGGAAAGAGCUUGAUCCUCGAUUGCAAAAUGAGAAAAAAGAUAUCUUGGGCAAUUUAAGCAGAUACAAAAUGACUCCUUCAAUGAAGAGUUUCACGAAGGCAGUUUCAACCACAGAUAAAGUGGAGCGGAUGUAUUUCCUCAGUUGGAUGAGGGUGAAACUAAGACUGCAGCAAAUGCAUAAACAAAUCGGUCUAAAAGAUCUAAUGAUAAAUCAACAGACAAAAGAGAACAAUGGCAUUCCUGAAUGCAUUCAAUCAGAGCUUCAGAAUGGAGCAAAUGAUGCCAGGGAUAAUAGCGAUAGUUUUUGCACAGAUUCAACUUUUGAAGAUGGGGAAAUAGAGCAGCUUACAGCUAAUGAUCAAGAGCUAGCAGAUUCAAGGAUUGAAGUAGUUUUAAAGCCCAUUUUUCAAACCCAAAGCAAUAAAGGAUCUGAGUCCCUGCUAAGUGGACAUUUUCAUUCAAAUGAAAAAGAGAACCGAGGUGAAGAGAUACUCCAAAAUAAUGGUUCUUUAAACCCAGUGUUGAGAGAAAAUGGAACUAUAGAUGUUCAUGGUGGAUCAACAGCUCACCAUACAUCUGCAGAAGAAGAAACGUGCCAAGAUUCGUUUGUCAAAGGGCAGACAGCAACAUCUGUACAUUCCUGUUUGCUUAGGCUUAAGCGGAGAAACGGUAAUAAUCUGGAGGUUGUUGAUUCAGAGAGUUACUUAAGUUUGAAGCACAGUUUUCAAACCGAAAACGCUGAAGGAAUAGAUGGACAUUUUCUCCCACCAAAUGAUCAAGAAAUCCUAGCUGAAGAGAUACGUGAGAAAUAUGUUUCUUUAAACUCAGUGCCGAUAGUAAAUGGAACCUCAGAUGUUCACAGAACUGACUAUAGUGAAUCAACAGUUCAGGAGACUUCUACAGAAGAACAAACCUGGCAGGAUGCAUCUGUUGACAGUCAAACAGUUACAUCAACACAGUCAUUUUUGCUGAGACUCAAGCAGCAUUUUGACAAUAAUCUAGAGUUGGCUGAUUCCGAAAGGGAAGAUUUGAAGCAUAGUUUUCAAACCCAAAACAAUAAAGAUUCAGAAGCUUUACAAAAUGGGCAGUUUGACUCAAAUAAAAACAAGUUCCCAGGCGAAGAGAUUCUAAAAAAUGUGUCUUUAGAUGCAGUUUUGAGAGAAAAGGCAGUCUUAAGUGUUCAUGGGAAUGACUGCAGUGAAUCAACGUUUCACAAGAAUAGUACAGAAGAACAAAAAUGCCAAGGUACAUCUGUUGAAAGUCAGGCAGUAACAUCUGCACAGUCAUUACUCCUGGAGCUUGAGCGGUUUACCGAUGAUCUCAAGUUUGUUGAUUUAGAGAGUUAUGUUGGUUUGAACCACAACUGUCAAACCACAAGCAAUGAGGAAUCAGAGUCUCUGCAAAAUGGACAUUUUGACUCCUCAAAUGAAAAAGAGAUCCCGGGUGAAGAAAUACUUGAAAAGGUUUCUUUGAACCCAGUUUUCAGAAACAAUGGAAUCUUGGAUGUUCACGGGACUGACUUAUUUGAAUCAAACUUUCAGGAGACUUAUGCAGAAGAACAGAUGGGCCAAGCUGUAUCUAUCAAAGAUAGGGCAGCAACAUCUGCACAAUCAUUUUUGCUGGGACUUGAGCACUUUUUACGUGAGAUGGGCCUUAUUUUUGAACUCACUCACAUCAGACCUGGAAAUGAGAGCCAUAAUGUGCUGCGGCUCCCAACUGUUGCUGCUGACUUGAUUCUCAGUGGGAUUCCGCUUGAAUUAAUGGAUGGAGACUCCACUAACAUUCCCAUACGUUGGCUUGGUAGUGUUCUUGCAGAGAUCAACCAUCGCUUUCCUCAAAACCGCUUCAGGACACUGACAAGCCUUGGAGUGCAUCAAGCAAGGAAUGCUGAGAUCCUUUCGGCAUUAUUUGGGGUGAAAUUUCCAGAUGAAUGUAAAAGAUCAACGAGAGGGCUAUACAUAGAUGCUCUACAACUACCGUCGAAGUUAAAAACGAAGCUAAACUGUGAUUUUCUCUUGCUGAUUGAUGUUGAUGGUCUCUGUUCUACUCCUUCGGAUAGCCAAAUAAGCACUCAGAUCAGUGAUAAUGAGAUGGCAACUGUUGCAACUGGAAUGAGUGAUGUCUUAUUGCAAAACCUCUACUCACGUGCAGCAUCUGAGUUUGAGGCAAGCCUCACGGUUGGAGUCAAUGCUCUACUGCGCAUCAGAGAAUAUGGAUCCAUACCCAUCUGCAAAGUUUUAGUCCAGGAUGAAGGAAUAAAUACCAUAUUAGAAGCCACACAGUUAAAACGUGUAUCUAACAUGCUGCAGACUAAGACUGGAGAGAGAACCCUAAGGGAUGCCGAUACAAUGACUCCUAAUUCAAAGAAGAAAAGCUCAAUUAUGUAUGUUAGACCAUGGUACAGGGAACCAUUGUCAAAAUCAGUUGACACCCAGCAUAGUGAGGCUAUGUUGAAGUUAAAGCGUACCCUGUUUGAGGCACUGAAGGAGGCAGCCGCCCAGUCAGAAACAUCUGGUUUGCCUGAUUUUAUGGGCCGUUUGUGUUCUGUUUGGGAGGCAGUAAAAGCAGAAUCCUUCUCUAUUAGUCUGCAAAAUAAAGACAUCGCUUUGGCCCUCUCUAUAUUUUGCACUGAGCUUUCUCAGCAGGAAGACAGCUUGCUGGAACACAUGGAAUGCUGGCUUAUGCAAGCGACCAAGACAAUUUAUUUGACCAAGCCAGAAUCUUUGGACCCUUCCAGCCAAAAUGACUUUCUGUGUGAGCUAAAGUUUGAAGCUAGAAGAGAGGUCAAAAGGGAAGUAAACAAACAAAGGUCAAAUGUAAAGGCUUGUUUGAAGGAAAACAAGCUUGAUGUCCACAUUAAAAUACUCAAAACUAUCAUUUUGAGCAACAUGACUGAGCUUGAAGAACGAGUAACAGAAACGGUACUAGAAAGGCUGGAAACGAUCAAUGAGAACCAUUGUUCAUCCACGCAACUCAACAGAAUUGAAACCAUACUGCAAAUUAAACAAGAUGCCAGACUUGAGGCACUUCUAGGCAAUAGUGAAUCAAACAAACAGCUCUUUAAAGAUAAAGAGCUGGAAGAGGAAUUUGAGGGUAUUUGGAAGGAGGCAUUGUCCAAUUUUGACUUCAGGCCUUCAGAUACAGAAGAUAUCACCACAAGAGUGAAAAAUAUUCUCUCAGCAAACCUCAUCAACCAUGGUCUUCAAAAACACUUAAAUAAGCUUUUGAAUUUGGGCCAAAAUCAGACUACUUGCUUCAGAGUGGAUGAUCAGUACUUUGGAUACAGCAGCAGAAUGAAAAACCUGUUUGAAAACAACAACAACAAGUCACCGAAAGCUAAAGCUCAACAACUUGCAAGUAACAUCAUGGAGCGUUACCAGCAAUUUGUAGAAGACAAAGUCAGUUUACCGCAAGACUUCUCUGACAGUUACAUCACAGAACUGUUAGAGAUGAUUGAUAAAUCUUUGAAGGAAACACAAUUGGACACUAGAAGGGCCUUUGAGAUGGAUCUGAAGGUCUUCGUAUGUAAUGCUGCAUGCAGAGACUUCCAAAGAGUCCACAAUCGUUUCGCCAAGGACGGAGAGCUUCUGAAGUCCAUUAAAGCCAAAAAGAGAACACUCAUGACGGAAUUCAUUUAUCAGUUCAGGAAGACAGACCAGCGUCAGAGGUUGGCUCAGAGGUUCAUUUCUGACAUCAUCCAACCUACAGUAACGGACUAUGUCUAUAAACCUCUAGGGAUGCAAAUUGCAGAUGAUAUAAAAAGUAAAGCCCCGCAAUAUCUCUCUCCACAGGCCUUCCACAAGAGUUUGCUAGAGGAGCUUAUCAAGGAAGACACAUUUGAAGGCUUCACAGAGUAUUUGCUUUCUUAUGACAGCUUCAGGCUGAGGAAGAUCCAGGAGACAGUAGUAGCUCACCUGUCAGAUUGGAAUGUGAAUACGUGGAGGCACGAGCGCCUCGGAGAUAUCAUCGGAAAAGUAGCAGCAGCUGCAAGCCAAGUAACUGAAGGCACCAGCGCAGCACUCAGUGACACCAAGCCAAUGCUGGAGCAAGUGUGCCUCAUUCUGGAAGACGGAGAUGUAUGUAUCCCCUGGGAGUCUCUGAAGGGACCACUCUAUAGUAUCACCACAGAAUGGGAUCGCUUUAUAACAUGUUUCAUGGAGUUACUGGCAGCAUUGCGCUUGGACCUCGCCCAGGCUUUCUCCCAACACAUAGGUAGUGACCAACUACUUGAGUGCCUUCCCACUCAACCAAGUGACUGCCUUUUCAACAAAGUAAAAGGCUGUGACGCACGAUGUCCUGUGUGCAGCGCGCCUUGUGAAGUGGAGCAAACUUGGCAUCGGGUUCACGAGGCCUCGCUCCACAGGCCCAAAUGCAUGUUGGAGCCCACUUCUCUGAUCAGCCAUGAAUGUGCAAACCCCGAUGAUCUGGACCCACAAGAUGUUGCUGUGGCUUGCUGGGAAUUCCAGCCGCUCCACCUAGGCUGGAAUCUUUCACCCGAGGAGACAAGCAGCCAGACACCCAGUCCUUACUGGAGGUAUGUGUUAGCGAGAUUUAAUGAGAGAUUCGCAAAGAAAUACAACCAGAAGCCCACAGUAAUCCCAGAAGAGUGGAAGGCGAUGACACAACAGGAGGCCUUGGACAGUCUGAGGGAAACCUUCUUUCACUGUGGAGAGUUGUGAAAGCUAUCUUAAUGUAUUAAAUUCAAUGCAUUGUGUAUUGCUAUUGACACCGCUA